AUGAUACUCCUUCUGAUUCUAAUCGCAGGACCAUUUCCACUCCCUCUUGUCGGAAAGUUUCCGCAAAUUGGAUAUUACGCUUGGAAAAAUGGCGGUUUGGUUGGUGGACUCAAUGAGAUCAAAAUGAAAUACGGGAAAGUUUUCACGUUAUGGAUGGGUCCAAUUCCAACAGUCCACGUGGCUGACUAUGAUGUGGCUUAUGAGACUCACAUCAAGAGAGCUCAUACAUUUGGACACAGAUAUUCGGAAGGUGGAAUGGAUUACAUCAGAGAAGGAAGAGGAAUAAUCGCUUCUGUUGGAGAUUUAUGGGUGGAACACCGACGGUUCGCACUUCACACUUUGAGAAAUUUCGGACUUGGAAGAAAUAUAAUGGAGGAAAAGAUUAUGGAUGAAUACAGAUAUCGAUUCGACGACUUCAAAAAAACACACUGGAAAAAUGAAGCUGUCCAAGUGCAGACUAAUACGUUUUUUGAUUAUCUUGUUGGAUCCAUUAUCAAUCAAUUGCUGGUUUCGGAACGGUUUGAGUACGGCGACCAGGAGUUUGAGAAAUUGAAAAAGUAUCUCACGCAGACACUUGAGAAUCUGUCACUACUUGAUGUGUUUGCACCAUUAUGGCUGUUGAAAUCUGAUUUGAUGAAGUGGAGGACGCAAACUACGCUUGCUCCCUUUGAUUACAUUUUCGGAUUAGUGAAGGAAACCAUACAAAAGCGAGUAGAAACAAUCGAGAAAGGUGAACAUUUUAUCAGUGAGGAAGGUGACGAUUUCGUAGAUGCAUUUUUGAUGAAAAUGAAAAAAGACAAGGAAGACGGCGUAAAUUCUACAUUCAAUCUUGAAUCAUUGUCAGUAGACCUGUACGACCUGUGGUUAGCCGGACAGGAAACCACAUCGACUACAUUAACAUGGGCGUGUGUCUGUCUUCUGAAUCAUCCAAAAGUUAUAGGAAAAAUGAGAAAGGAACUUGGCCAUGUUACUGGAGGAAACAGAAGCAUUUCUCUCACUGAUAGAGCUCACACUCCCUAUUUGAAUGCCACUAUAAAUGAAGUCCAACGCAUCGCUUCAAUUCUCAACUUUAAUCUUCUACGAGUUCUCAAAGAGGAUACUACAAUUGAUGGCCAACCAAUUUCUGCUGGGGCAACAUUCUCCACACAGCUAUGUCUGCUCCAUACCGAUGAGGCAAAUUUUAAGAAUCCCACUGAAUUCCAACCAGAACGAUUCCUCGAAAAUAAUAAUUUGGAGAAAAAACUUAUUCCUUUUGGAAUAGGGAAACGAUCAUGUCUCGGCGAGUCAUUGGCCAGAGCAGAACUGUAUUUGAUUCUUGGAAACCUAAUCAUGGAAUACGAUUUGGAACCAGUUGGUGUGAAGCCAGAAUUGAAAACGCCAUCCCCCUGUGCAAUCAUGAAACGUCCACCAAAUUAUGAUAUUAGAUUUGUUCCGAGAAACAGAUGA